AUGUCCAGCAAAGCGUCCUCCUCCAGCGACAUGCUGCCUGCCAAGCCCACCAGUACCACCACAGUUACACCUGCCGGCAAGAUUAAAACGACACCAUGGGAGAAGAAGCUGGAGCAGCGAAGGAAACAAGAAUCCAUCAAGCAACGCGAGCGAGAGAUGAAGGCCGAGAAGGAGUCCGAGGCUGAGAGAAAGAAGACGGUGACUCGCGAGCGCAAGCAGAUGGCCGAGGAGAAGGCCCGACUGGAGGUCAUGGCGCAGAAGAUGAGCGCAAAGAGGCUAGCUCGCAAGAAGCGCCGUAUGGGUAUCACCAAGAAAGUGUCGCACGCAUGA